AUGGCUAUAGCGUCCUUCCUAGCUGGUGCACUUCCAUUAUCCAUGUCCUUGUCACAAUCGCAACUGCGCCUCUUGUCCAGUAUAGGAGUUGGAAUUCUCGUCGGCACAUCCUUGAUUGUCAUUAUACCUGAAGGCAUAUCUGCCAUUUCGGAGGCGUCGUUGGGGGCGGGCCACACCCAUGGAGCCCGGAGAGACGUUUUGGUGGGACGAGCCGAUGCCUUGAUGCACUGGACAGGCGAUCGCUACGAGAUUGACACGGUCAAGACUGGGCAAGUCGACGAACAAUUGAAACAGACACUACCAGUCAUUAUGCCCGAUGCCGAUGCCUUCGCCAGCAGUACUGCUGUUGGUCCACGAGAGGAUGACCCGCCCACAAAGACACCGUCCGAGCACCUCCCUGCGCCCCCUGAAGCGGUGCCUACAUUUUAUGUCGGAUUAUCAUUGAUACUUGGUUUUGUCCUCAUGUUCCUAAUCGACCGCCUGCCUCGCCAUGCUUCGGACAACUUUACGCCUCCACCAGCCCCGCGGCACAUCAGUCUGAGCAAUCUGGGGGCUUCGGAUCUGCCCGGCGACGAGGACGAAAGUGAGGGUUUCCUGGGCAGCCUGACACCAACGCCUAGACAAUCGAGGAGCUUGGCCACCACGACGGGUCUCGUUAUCCAUGCCGCUGCCGAUGGCAUUGCGAUGGGCGCUUCCGCCGCCGGAUCGGACAUGAAGUUGGGUUUUAUUGUGUUCCUGGCUAUCAUGAUACACAAGGCUCCGGCGGCUUUUGGCUUGACAUCUGUCCUUUUGAAGCAAGGUCUGUCGAAAAGAGGAGCCAGGGGCCAUCUGAUAGUCUUCAGCUUGGCAUCGCCAUUCGGCGCUUGGGCUACUUUCAUCCUGGUAAAUCUCUUGGGUGGACGAGCAGAGGGGGGCGAAGCCGGCGAAUGGAACCAGUGGUGGACCGGAAUGCUGCUACUCUUUUCUGCAGGCACAUUCUUAUACGUGGCAAUGCACGCAAUGCAAGAAGGCGAGGCUGGCUCUUCUCACGAUGUCGUCAACUCCAAUGGAUACGCAGAGAGCCCGAAUAUGGGCCCAAGGAAACAAACAAGACCGCAAAUGCGUGACACUAUCGCGACCGUCGCAGGGAUGCUGCUCCCUCUGUUAAUGCAGUUUGGACAUCAUCACUAG